GGCCGUUGAUGUGCCCGGCAGGAGGAGCGAUCCCAGCCGUUGGGUUCUGGAACGAGGAGAAGCAAUGGAUAGCGUCGUGUGCUCCGCUAGGGUUUUGGGGCCCCGGAGCGUCAUUCCUUCGUUUCGGCCGCAUUGUCAGCCCCAGCGCCAGAGGACGCAGCAGCGAUUUCGUCUCAGCAUUGUCGCGGUUUCCAGCAAUGACUUUAAGACUGGAACGGAGAUUGAGAUUGACAAUGCGCCCUGGCGCGUCAUCGAGUUUUUGCAUGUCAAGCCUGGCAAAGGCUCUGCCUUUGUGCGAACCAAGCUAAAGAAUUGCAUCACUGGCAACACUGUGGAGCGGACGUUUCGGGCAGGAGAAGUUCUAGAAGACGCCACAGUCCAGAAGAACGUAAAGCAGUUCACUUACAGAGAUGGCGAUCAGUACGUUUUCAUGGACAUGGUUUCUUUUGAGGAAUCUCGCUUGAAUGCCAAAGAAAUUGGAGACAAAGCAAACUGGCUGCGUGAAGGAAUGGACUGCACAGUUGUGUCGUGGAAAAAUCGGAUUCUCGAGGUAGACUUGCCAAUCGCUGUGAAAUACAAAGUCGUCCAAACGGAUCCAGGAGUUAAAGGAAACAGAGAGUCAGGUGGAACGAAACCGGCAACACUGGACACUGGAGCUGUGGUUAACGUCCCGCUGUUCGUGGAUGAAGGGGAGGAGAUUAUCAUCGAUACGCGCACUGGGGAGUACAUGAGUCGCGCAAAAUCUUAAGAGUAAGUUGUCCUCUGCGAUCCAAAUUUUGUAGGAGCUGUGUUAGUGGAUCGCUUCCAUGGCCUCCUCAACAAAGAAGUCCAGUUUUUGGAGAAAUGUAGCAAGGAAGAUCAGGUAUCGAUCGCAUCUUUUUUGAAUUUAAGGAUAUUCCUGUC